UAUUGCCCAUUGAUUGUGAGUGCGCUUGUGUUCGUGAGCUGGAAUAUAUGAGAGAAAUUGUUACAACCAUUCUCGAGGCGGGUCGAGUCAACUUGAGGAUGUGGUGUGAGGAGGCCAGUAAACACUGCUGCUGACUGACUGAAGAUGGAGAUCUAGACUCCUGAGAGAACAGGAUUUCGACCUCACUGAUCAGAACACCGGGGAAGUUCAUCUCUUCCCUCCCCCUUCCUCCCUCCCUCCUCCCUCCCUCCUGCUGUCACAGAAGCUGUGAUGGAGUCCAACGCAGGAGUAGACAUGGAAGACUACUGGAAUGAAGUCCGCAUUUACAGGAGUAACUCCCACUCCACUUCCCAGUCCGAGGAGGAGUCCAGGAGCCAUGAGGAUGAAGGCGAAUCAGAUGAACAUUUCUUGGAGGAGCUGGGAUUACAACUACCACCAGACUCUGAACUCUCUGAAGACAACAGUACCCUCAGCAAAUUUAUGGGCACCCUCAACCCUCGGCAGGAGGAAGCCCUCAAGCGUCGUGUGCGUACACUCAAUGCAACCAUACGCAGAAAAAAGCAGCGACAGAAGCCAGAUAUACGCAAUUUCUUCACUAACACAGACAACUCCAGCACUGGCACUAGGAGCCGCAGUGCCACUCCUGACUCCCUGGAUUCAGUGUCACCCCCGAGAACUCCCCCAGAUCCCCACCCCAAGUCGUGGGUCGACCCUUACCUCAGUCGUUCCAGGGGGUCGUUAGACUCUGGCAACCACUCCCUGGUGACGACUCCCUCUGUCAUCGCAGCACCAACACCGUUCACCACCAUCAGCCACCACGACCAUCACCACCACAAUGAGCACCACGACCACCACCACCACGACCACAACGACCACCACAAUAGAAGUCACGCAGGAGUCAGGCGGCACACUCCACCCAGCGAUACCUCCACCAGGCAGCAGAGGUGGGUGGACGACCCUUCACGCCUGUACCGGGCACCAUCACUGGACAUGCUGCCCAAGCUGGUGGUGGAGCCCAGUAAGAACAAGGAACUCAGACGUCAGAGGUCCUAUGCCAGGGACAUCGCCAGGGACGUAAAGAGCUUCCACUCCUCCAAACAAGGACUCUAUGAGUUCUACCCCAAGACUAUACCAGACGACCAUGAGGUGCAGGUGCUCAACUACCGCUACAUUGGAACUGUCCACAUACCCCAUGCCCGCUGUAAGGAGAAAAGGCCUUCCCUCGAUUCCAACAUUUCACACACCACUCAAGAUCUGAACUCUGUCACGGACUCUCGUCGGACAUCAACAGAACUGAGAAAGACAUAUUCAGUCAGCCAUCCUAGAGAAGUUCGUGAUCAUCGCGACAUUCGAGAAAACAGAGACAGCAGGGAGAACAGAGAAAAUAGGGAGAACAGAGAAAACAGGGAGAACAUAGAAAAUAGGGAGAACAGAGAGAACAGACCUCGCUCCAGCUCAGCAACUGACCUGGGCUUUAAAGUAUUGUACCAGAAAUAUGAUGAUGAAUUCCCAGAUCUACUGCUGGAGACCAGUCGAUGUGGUCAGACCCGCAUGGACUGGCUGGAUGAACUGCCCUUCAUAAACUGACUUCUUUAGCCCUUUUGGGAGCUUGAUAUUCUCUUCACAGAGCACAAUAUUCAUCACCGGUGGAGAAAACUGAAAAAAAGGAAGCAAAGCAAAGAAGAGAGCGGUGUGUUUGGGGUGCCUCUUGAGAGCCUCAUAGAGAGAGACAGAAAUCUGCUCCCAGACUCACUCUUGGAGACAAGUGUCCCACUUGUGUUCUAUAAGUUGGUGUGGCAGCUGGAACGUCAUGGUCUCCAGCAGGAAGGCAUCUUGCGGGUUCCUGGCCACAGAUCCCAGACGGAGCAGCUGCGGCAGACUCUUAACACCAAUUUCUAUUCCUGGCCAUCACAUGUUGAUGCUGCUCUCAGGAAUGCCACACCCAAUGAUGUUGCUGCACUAGUUAAAACCUUCUUGAGGGAACUACCUCGUCCCCUUCUAACACACACUUAUAUGCCAGCUUUCUACAAGACACACCGGAUCGAAGACAUGGGUGAACGGGUACUGGCACUCACCAUGUUGAUCCUACUGCUGCCAUCACCACACCGCGACACUCUCCAUGCCCUCCUGGAGCUGUGUGCUAGAGUUGUUACCCAUGAAGCAGAAAACAAAAUGUCACUCUAUAAUGUGGCUAUGAUCAUGGCCCCUAACCUCUUCCUGCCUAAUCACCAGCGCUCCAAACUUAACCUAAGGUCUGAGGACAAGGAACAGCAGCUUCAUCAUGAGAUGACGUAUGCCAAUGUGACAACCCAGCUGACCCAAGCAAUGAUCAAAUACCGUGAUGUCCUGUGGACGGUCCCACACCGCUUGGUAGCUCAGAUACGCCGCCAAUACCAAGCUGAGGCCCUCAAACAACACAACUACACUCCUAUGCGUCGCCUGCUGUUGUCCCGUAAAAGUAAAGAGACAAUCCAGCGGCCCAUUGAAAAUGAAGUAGACUACCAGGAGGGAGUGCUCAGAGUGUCGGCACCGCAGUUCAACAAGACCAAUUACCCAGUCAAACUCAAUUCUCGAAUGACAGCUGGAGACCUUCUCACCAGGUUCAUCGAGGAGCUGACACUCCUGCCAGAGAACCCUAGACGUGUGGAGGGUCGACGAGAACUGCAGUACAAGAGGGUGGCCAUAGGCAAUGGUUCCCCACCGUCUACAACUUUGUCACAAAAUACUUCGACACCUCAUUAUCUUUCAUGCCUGCUUACUGGCUCACUAAAGAACACAGUCCAGCAACAUGCUCUGCAUGAGAUAGGUGGAAAUAUUGGAGAUCGUCGGCUGGAUCCAAAUGCCAAGCUCUUGGCAAUAUACCAGGACAACCCCAAUGCAGAGUUUGUGGUGAAGUGCCAUCACAAAGGAGGUCAGAUUUCAAGAAGAAACUCAUAGUAAUCACAGACUAAUACAAAACAUAAGUAAUCUUCAAACUCACAAGUGUUCCUUACAGUGUCUCCAGAUCUGGAGAAUGUUAAUAUGAGAUUGUGAAAAGUGCUCAAAGUCUUGACAUUUAUUUUUUUGAAUACAGCAGCCAUAUCCUUCCAAGGAAGGGUAACUCAGAAAAAGGAAACGCAAUCAUCAUUCAUUCAUUAGGUGUCUUGCCAGGAGUACAAGGAACAACAAUUGAAAUGACCCUAUGAACUGCAGCAUCCUCACUCCCUCCAGGGUGCAGGCACUGUACUUCCCACCUUUAGGCAUUGAGUCCAGCUAGCUGGUUUCCUAGAAUCCCUAUAUAAAUAUUACCUUGCUCACACUCCAGUAGCAUAUCAAGCCAAAACAUCCACUCUGAUCUAACAUGGUCACAAAAGCCAGCUGGUAAUCAAGUCUCUUGAAUUCAAAACCUCCAUUACAACCCCUCCCUCCAACUCUUCCUUGGAUGACCCAUACCCUUGUUUCCACCUUCUUACUCAUCCUAUUCUGAUCCAUCCUCUCUAAAUGUCCAAACUACAUCAACAUCCACACCUCAGCCCUCUGAAUUAUACCUUUUGUAAUUCCACAUUAUUUUCUAAUUUCUUUGAGAAACUGAAAUUUAUUUUUUUUUUUAGUCGGUAAUUUUUAUUUUUAAAGGUACUGAUUCAGCACGAACAAAAUAUCUGAAAGCCUCUGACAUAUGAAAUAUUACUGUACAUAGCCAUAAUAAAGGUGAGUAACAGUUAUAAAAGUGUUAACACUUAAGGAAAAAUGUUUCAACAAUACAUCAUAUUGCUGAAUAACAUUAUAAUGUUUGUAGACAUAUGCAUUCAGUUACAUAUAUGAAUAAUAAAUAAAAAUAAAAUAUGAAUACUGUUCUUUAUGCUUUAAGGUUAUUAUUACAUUGAUUCAUAACACUUAUUAACCAAUUGCUAGUCAGAAUUGUAUGUCUUGUUGCAUCAGGUAAACCUUAAUUCAUCAGAUGUGCUCAGUGUAAUCAUGAAGUGUUACUCAUGUUUGAACCUUCAUGUGUUUGACCCACAGGCAUUCUUGAAUGAGGUUUCAUAUCUUUAGUGUACAGUUAGUCUUUUGUUUUAUCUAUUUAAUAGUAUUAAUGACUGCUUAUGGUUAUCUACUUAUGUAAAAUAUAAACUUGCUCACAAACCUAAGAAAUUGUGGGGGCUACUGUUUCACUAUAGCAAUGGUAUGUACAUUAUAUAUAUAUAUACUUGUUCUAAACCAUAUAUCAUGUAUGGUUUAGUGAAAAUGUAACAAAUGUAAUAACAUGCUAUAUAUUUAUAUUGGGGAACUUUCAUUACCAGUGACACAAUCAGUAGUAACAUUCAGUGCAAUACACAGAAGCAGCAUAUUUCCUAGGAGAUCGUACAUGUUCUCCAGGGGUGUAUUGUUAUGUUUAGUUCACUGCUGAGGACUAUUAAAACAAGUCAAGUAAAAGACCCUGGUCUUUCUGCUGGAGUUUGAUGUCAUUUGCUCUUCUUUUGUAUCAUGAGAAUUGGCACUUUUUUGCCUACACAUUUUUAUAUAAUCUUUACUAUAUGAAAACUGGUUAAGAAUUUUUGUACCAUAGUGUAACUAACUUGGGUACCCAUGCAUGGGAACAACUGUCAUAAAUGAUGUACAUGAGAGUCAAUGUUCUUCACCUACUGAUCAUAAUGAAAUCAUUGUAUAAUUGAAAUACAGUACUGCAUAAUUAAAAGUUAAUGCAUGCACUGCAAAAUUUUCCUGUUGCCUGCCAAUCAUGAGUACAGUACCUAGUAACAGGUACAUACUAAUAAUAAUUUUAUUUCUACAAGUACAUAUACAAGGUAUACAGGCCUAGCUGACAUCAAUGACAUACUACUAUAUAGAAAGCCACUUGUUAUGCAAGCAUUUCAGGCAAAUUAGGUCAGUUUUGUCCCAGGGUGAGACCCACACCAAUCGACUAACACCCAGGUACCCAUUUUAUACUGAUGGAUGGACAGCAGCUGUCUUAUAAAACACAUCCUAAUGUUAUCCAGCCGUACUGGGGAUUCAAACUCCGGACCUUAGUGUGUUCGAUGAGUGUGCUGGCAAUUGAGCUAUGGGACUCCCAUGGGACACUAGUGUUAUGUUCUGGUUAGGUGCUAGACAUCCCUGAAUCUGUGCUAAAAUAUUUACUAUGCUGUUAAAAGGUAGUACAAGUAUUAAGAAUGUAGGUAGGGUCUUGCUAUUGAACAAGGCUGAAAGCUUAUAUUAGUUAACAAUAACCUGACUAUUGGGUCCUAUUACUCAAUAUCACUUCAAGGUUUUCAAACUAGUAUCAUUACAUUAAUGGUAUACAUUAUCAACAAGUUGAUAAAUAAGACGUGUAAGGCCUGGUAAUCUUUUCUGAUGUUUUGUUAACCAGUAACUUUCUCAAUCCAAUACAAAGAACAAAGCUGGAAUAAGCAGAGAAGCAGUUCUGAGGUGAUCAGUCCCUCAGCCUUUAUAGGUGGAGUUCAGUAUCCAAGUCUUAAUGAUUAAUGAAUCAUGAUUCAUCAAGAAGGAUUUAAAUCUUCAGAUACCAAAGCUGAGGGACUAAACACCUCUUAAGGCUGGAUUGAAAAAGCAAGUGAUUGGCAAAACAUUUCCAUCAAUAAAUAUUACCAGGCCUUACACAUGUCUUAUUCAUCAAUACCGCAAGGUCUUGUUAGUCAAUAUGCUGUAAAAGUAAAUGAGAUGGGAAUACAUGCUUAUACAGUGAAACUUGUCCAUUUUUCAUGUUUACACUAUCAUACAUUAAAUGAGCAACAGAGAUAGGCCUAAAAAAUGAAUAUACAGUACACACAUUACUUCUUUCAACAAACCGGCCGUAUCCCACCAAGGCAAAG